AGCAACGACGAAGUAAUGCCGUCGACGACGCCGUUGAUCGUCGUCGUACUGCUGCUGCUGAUAACACUAGCAUCGGGUGCCAUGGUUGCAGGCCAGAACAGCACCGCCGGCGCCGCCACUGGUUGCCCGACCAAGUGCGGCGCCAUGGACAUCCGCCACCCGUUCGGCAUCGGCGACGGGUGCUACCGGGAUGGCUUCGAGAUCGUCUGCGAGGAUGGCGGCGUGCCGUUCCUCGCCGCCGGCGCCGACAUGAAGCCCAUCCAGGUGACCGGCCUGUCCGUCGAGACGGCGGAGGCACGCGUGAUGCUGCCCAUCGCGUGGCAGUGCUUCAACUCCUCCGACGUGGUGUACAGCUCGAGCAACGGCCUGGUGCAGUUCGACGAGCGCGGCGUGUACCGCAUCUCCAGCACCCGCAACCACCUCGUCGUCGUCGGCUGCAACACGAUGGCCUACACCGAGAACCAGCCGAACGCCGGCGACGACUACGGCUACGACUUCUUCACCGGCUGCCUCUGCUACUGCAACAGCAGCCGCCACGCGUCGAGCGGCGCCUGCUCCGGCGUCGGCUGCUGCCAGGUUGACAUCCCGCCGGGCCUCACGGACAACUCGAUGGUGUUCGACGAGAGCUACAGCCACCAGUCCAAGCUCCAGUUCAGCCCCUGCGACUACGCCUUCCUGGUGGAGAAGGAGAGCUACAGCUUCAGCACCGGCGACCUCAGGAUGAACGUCGACCGGAAGAUGCCGGUGACGCUGGACUGGGCCAUCCGCGACGGGUCCCUGAGUUGCAGCCAUGCUAAGGCGAAUAAGAGCACGUACGCCUGCGUGAGUGACAACAGCUACUGCGUCGACGCCAAGAACGGACCCGGGUACAUCUGCAACUGCAGCAGGGGUUACGAGGGUAACCCCUAUGUUCCCAAUGGUUGCACCGAUAUCAAUGAGUGUGAGCGCAAGGACAAGUACACUUGCUAUGGAAACUGCCGGAACAAGCCCGGUUCCUACGAUUGCAGGUGUCCCAAGGGUCGUUCCCACAGUGCUGAUCCAUACAAUGAACCAUGCAUCCCGAAUUUCCCUCUCGCAGCACAGAUCGUAGUAGGUGUGAUUGGUGGUUUUUUCAUCGUAGCAUUAGUUGUGUUCAUCACACUCCUUCGUAGGGAGAAAAGAAAGACGAAAGAAUUUUUUGAAAAGAACGGCGGUCCUAUAUUAGAAAAGGUUAACAAUAUCAAGCUAUUCAAAAAAGAUGACCUCAGGCCUAUAUUAAAAAGUGGCAAUAUUAUUGGGAAGGGUGGCUUUGGUGAAGUCUACAAGGGUCAUAUAGGAGAAACUAAUCAACCGGUUGCUGUGAAGAAGCCCAUCAAUGUUAACUUGGCGAAAAAGAAUCAAUUUGCAAAUGAAGUCAUCAUUCAGUCUCGAGUCAUCCACAAGAACAUUGUCAAGCUUAUAGGUUGUUGCCUAGAAGUCGAUAUCCCAAUUUUGGUCUAUGAGUUUGUCUCGAGAGGUAGCCUUGAAGACGUUCUCCAUGGCAGCAAUAGGUUGCCUCUCAAUCUGGAUCAACGUCUACAUAUUGCAGCACAAUCAGCAGAAGCUCUAGCUUACAUGCAUUCAAAAACAAGCACUACAAUCCUUCAUGGUGAUGUGAAACCGGCUAAUAUACUUUUAAGUGAUGACCUUCUACCAAAGAUCUCUGAUUUCGGUAUAUCAAGGUUGCUUGCCAUUGAUAAUGAUCACACAAUGUCUGUCAUUGGGGAUAUGACUUAUAUGGAUCCGGUAUAUUUUCAAACAGGUCUAUUAACUGAUAAAAGUGAUGUUUACAGUUUUGGAGUCGUUCUCUUGGAGCUCAUUACAAGAAAAAAGACCUCACAUUCAGACAAGAAUAAUUUACUUAAGAACUUUCUUGAUGCUUAUACAAAUGGGAGUACAGUAAGAGACUUUAUUGAUGAGGAAAUUGCAGCAACAAAUCAUCUGGAGCUUCUUGUUGGUAUAGCAGGCUUGGUUGUGCAAUGUUUAAGUCUUGACGUGAAUCAAAGACCCAAGAUGACAGACAUAGCAGAGCGUUUGCACUACAUGGCUAAGAAAACUCGUGGUAUAUAGAAUUAUAUUGCUUAUUAUGUUCUGAUGUGCUCAUCAUGCGUGUUCAGAAUAUAAAACAUUACAUAUAAGACAUGAUUUGAAAUUACCAUGUACAACAUACACAUAUUUAUGGUUUUUCUGACUUAUCUACAAAUCUCCAUAACUUAAGAUUGAGUAUAAGUUUCCCAUAGGGAGAAUAAAUGUGUUUUGUAAGUUGGAACUUGUUAAACAAAUA